AUGCUGAAGAGCUCAGCAGCUGAUAAAACACUCCUUCCGACAGCCACACAGCUCAAAGACCUUGUAGCUAGCUUGGAGCACAGAUGCGUGGGAUGUGGAUUUGCUGACCUUGUUCUGGGCUACCAAAUCUUUCUCACCGAGUCAACGGCUUUAUCAGCGCCGCAGGCACAUGAUUUAUGGAAAGGUUGCGUUUUAUAUCCGGACACAAACGGUUUGGAGAAGCUAGUAGACGCCUUCCGACAACUGAGUCGCGUUGGAGACGCUGAUUCAGUUAUUAUUAAAACAACCACUUGCGCUCCCUGGGUCGUUGCAUUCACGAAAUGGUGUCUAAACCUUCCGCCAUCAAUAUACUUCACAGACGGUACUGCUCUUCUGGAGCAGCCUACUUCCAGAGUUACAGUUGUGAUCGACAAGGAUGUCAGGUAUUCUUGGGGAAUUGAAAUCACGGUCCGAAAAGAAGUUGGAGUCCCUGAUUUGAUCCAAGCCGGGCAAAGUCCAGAGACGUACUCUGGUAUGAUCUCAAAGAGCAAUGUUAAUGCUCGGGUUGUACCAAUGACCCGUUCGGAAAUUAUCAAAAAUGCUGUCACUCGCUUCUUCGAAGACUUGGCUUCGUUUGCAGCAGAUGUUCUCGCCUUAUCUCUAUUUGAUAAUUCAGCGAAUCUUCUCGUGCAUUUCAAUCAUCAGCAAUCAGGGCGACAUGUGGAUGCCACCCAAAGGUCUCAACUCAGAACUGCUAUCGGUAUUAUUCUUCAAAGGGGGGUUCAUCAAUCAAUUGGGAUCUCCCAUUUGCUGGAUUGGGCUCUGAGUUUGAUUGGACAUGACGUUCACGACGAUUUGCAAAAAGCCGGUUGGGUAAUCCCGAACUUUUACGGCCAAGUUGUCUACCCAAAACUAUAUGAAACACAAAGUCUUCAGAAGAGAGGCUUUUUGACUUUAUCAUGGGCUCCUGGCCAAUUAUUCUACAAUGGCAAUAUCUACAAACGUGGUGGAUUUGGUGGGAUUUACCCGUACAUAGAUUAUGCUCUUCCUAUUACAGCCCCGGAGAGUGGUGUGAAUGGGCCGGUUAAUCUUUUCCCGAGUUGA